CGGAUUAGUUAAAAACAAACCCACGUUUUCUGCCUCACGAAUCAAUCCUAACCUUUACACGUCUCAUCCGUCUUCACUAAAGGCUCAGCUGGAGAGCUCUCUACCGGUUAACGGUGAACGGUUACCUCAUCUGAAGAUGACGGCCUCUGUAUAACGCUCGGGCGCACACGCUUUUAAUGAUUCGUGACUUCUCCUCCCUCGCGGAGAGCAGAGUAAAGGAGUCGGUCCUUUCUGAACCUUUCUCCGAGAAGAGGGAGGUGUUGAAUUGGCUCGGGAAGGCGAGGGCGGAACGGUAGUUUACAGAAAGUGGUUGCUACUGCACGGCAACACAGCUGAGGUCUAACCGCUACUAGACGUCACAAUGGAGAUUCAUCCGAGGAAUUCCCUCACUACGGAAACGGAAGCAUCUGGAGCGUGUUAGUUACAACGGGAGAUGAAGAUGUAUGGCGCGAGCGCUCAUGAUUUAACGGUGUAAAUAGUCUAUGGGGGAGUCUGUCUGUGGGGCGGACACGUUUUAUGUCUGGAGAAGAGAGAGACAACCUUGUUCCGCGCUGACGGCUCCGUUGAAACCCCUCUAUCUAACCUGGGCAGUAACGCAUGACCGAAAGACAGACAGACAGACAGAGAGAGAGAGAGCAUUGGUUCAGUCUUCCACGCUAGCUGGAGGAGGCACAGAGAGGAGGCAUCUAUCUACGUCUAUCCAAGUUGCUCAGCAGCUCCGUGAAGCACAAUGCCCUCGUAGGAGCUGAUAUGCAGACGCGUUGUGUAGGAGACUCGGGAAAAGGGCGUUGAAUAAAGUACUUCUCCACUCCCCAGUCCCUUCACCCCUCGCCAGACAUGACGGGUCAGAGCCUGGAGGAGCUGACAGCAGCCUAUGAGGAUCACACCGUGCGCAUCAAUGUGGGAGGGUUCAAGAAGAGGCUGUUCUCCAACACUCUGUCUCGCUUCCCGGAGACCCGUCUGGCUCGGCUGCUACAGUGCCAAUCAAAAGAGUCGAUACUAGAACUCUGCGACGACUACGACGACACGGAAAAUGAGUUUUAUUUCGAUAGGAACCCGGCUCUCUUCCCUUACGUGUUGAAUUUCUACAACACCGGGAAGCUCCACGUCAUGGCAGAGUUGUGCAUCUUCUCCUUCAGUCAGGAGAUCGAGUACUGGGGCAUCAAUGAAUUCUUCAUCGACUCGUGUUGCAGGGGCGCCUACCACUGCCGGAAGAUGGAUCCUCACCGCGGGGAGGACUGGGACGACUGCCGGAGCGACGAGGGCAGCACCACGUCAUCGUUCGACGAGAUUCUAGAGUUCUAUAACGACGCCACUAAGUUCGGUAAGCAGCCGCUGGGGAGCGUCCGGAGGCGGAUCUGGUUGAUCCUGGAUAACCCGGGGUACUCCGUCGCCAGCCGAGUCAUCAGUAUCCUCUCUAUCCUGGUCGUGUUGGGUUCCAUAACCACCAUGUGCAUGAACAGUAUGGCUGAGUUUACCCUGGUGGACAGGGAGGGGACGCCUCACGAGGACCCCAGGUUUGAAACGGUGGAGCGGUUUGGUAUCGGCUGGUUCACCUUGGAGCUGGUGGCCCGGUUCACAGUCGCCCCAGAUCUUAUCCAUUUCUUCAAGCAUCCGUUGAACUUAAUAGACCUCGUGUCGAUAUUACCGUUCUACCUGACGCUCGUCAUCGACCUGGUGGCCGAGAGCAGCCCGGCGCUGGCCAAUCUGGGGCGCGUGGCACAGGUGCUACGGCUGAUGAGGAUCUUCCGUAUCCUGAAGCUGGCUCGUCACUCCACGGGGCUGCGCUCUCUGGGCGCCACGCUGAGAAACAGCUACAAGGAGGUGGGGUUGCUCCUGCUCUACCUGGCGGUGGGCGUGUCUUUCUUCUCUGUCAUGGCCUACACCGUGGAGAAGGACAGCGAGGACUUCUCUACCGUCCCAGCAUGCUGGUGGUGGGCCACGGUGAGCAUGACCACGGUGGGGUACGGAGACGUGGUCCCGGUGUCUAUAGCCGGCAAGAUGACGGCCUCGGCCUGUAUCCUGGCAGGUAUCCUGGUGGUUGUGCUUCCCAUCACACUCAUAUUCAACAAGUUUUCCCUCUUCUACAAGAAACAGAAACAGUUAGAGAUCGCUAUGCGCAGCUGUGACUUCGACCAGGAGAUCAAAGAAAACCUUCCCUCUGUCAAUCUGAGGAACUACUAUGCACACAAGGUGAAAUCUCUCAUGGCCAGUCUGUCCAAUAUCAACCGGAGCUUGCCCAGUGAACACAGUCUGAACGAGAUGUCAAUACAUUAAGAUCUGUGGAUCAACAGACUGCCCCCCCUGCUGGCCUUAUAAGGAAGGACGUGACUGAAGGAGAAGAGAAACAUGGUGCAAGAGGUAGUGCUGUUUCUGUGUAGCUCUUGUUGUUGAAUAGAGCUACACGGGAAGCUGAAGUUUAGUUUGACUGACAGGCGAGGGCGUGGGCGGGCCAACCAACAUCACAACCUUUCUAUUGGGAGAAUCUCAUCGAAUCCUCUCUCUCUCCUUUACAUUCUUCUCAAAUUCUAUUGGAUGAGAAGGCCAGAGGUCCUUCCCCUCUGACCUUUCUAAUCCAAUGGGUUUUUGAGAAGGCUUUUCGAGGAGAGAGGACACAAGGAAUCAAAGAAAAACAAUGGAGAUUCUCCCAAUGAUUCCUCUUCCACAUUUUCAUUCACCUCAAGUGUUUUAACAGUGUGGUUCAUCAUCAGACAGAAGAGGAGCCGAUAGUCUGACAACAUAAUCUACUGCUGUGGUGUGUGUUGGGGUCUAUUCAUUACGACGGCCAUUAAAAAGUCUUCAAUAAAAGACACAGUGCAGGACAAGUCACAACCCUAGGACAUGGGGUUCAUCACUAGGGGUCAACCCUAGACCAUGGGGUUCAUCACUAGGGGUCAACUCUAGGUCAUGGACUUCAUCACUAGGGGUCAACCCUAGGCCAUGGGGUUCAUCACUAGGGGUCAACCCUAGGACAUGGGCUUCAUCACUAGGGGUCAACCCUAGGACAUGGGGUUCAUCACUAGGGGUCAAGCCUAGACCAUGGGGUUCAUCACUAGGGGUCAACCCUAGGACAUGGGGUUCAUCACUAGGGGUCAACCCUAGGUCAUGGGGUUCAUCACUAGUCACUAGGGGUCAACCCUAGGACAUGGGGUUCAUCACUAGGGGUCAACCCUAGGUCAUGGGGUUCAUCACUAGGGGUCAACCCUAGGACAUGGGGUUCAUCACUAGGGGUCAACCCUAGGACAUGGGGUUCAUCACUAGGGGUCAACCCUAGGACAUGGGGUUCAUCACUAGGGGUCAACCCUAGGUCAUGGACUUCAUCACUAGUCACUAGGGAUCAACCUUAGGACAUGGACUUCAUCACUAGUCACUAGGGGUCAACCCUAGGACAUGGGGUUCAUCACUAGGGGUCAACCCUAGGACAUGGACUUCAUCACUAGGGGUCAACCCUAGGUCAUGGACUUCAUCACUAGUCACUAGGGGUCAACCCUAGGACAUGGGGUUCAUCACUAGGGGUCAACCCUAGGUCAUGGACUUCAUCACUAGGGGUCAACCCUAGGUCAUAUGGACUUCAUCACUAGUCACUAAGUGUCCUCUAAAGUUUAGUCAUUGUGAUUUUGUCCAAAGUAGAGCUUUUCUCAUGUUCUCCUGUUAUGAGGUACUGUUGAUGUGUAACUGUUGUACUGCAAUGAGAUGAUCAAUACAAGAUCAAUACAUAUUGAUACCUCAGAUGUCUCGAAUCCCAUAUUAAAGAUCAAUACAUGUUGAUACCUCAGAUGUCUCAAAUCCCAUAUUAAAGAUCAAUACAUAUUGAUACCUCAGAUGUCUCGAAACCCAUAUUAAAGAUCAAUACAUAUUGAUACCUCAGAUGUCUAGAAUCCCAUAUUAAAGAUCAAUACAUAUUGAUGCCUUCAGAUGUCUAGAAUCCCAUAUUAAAGAUCAAUACAUAUUGAUACCUCAGAUGUCUAGAAUCCCAUAUUAAAGAUCAAUACAUAUUGAUACCUCAGAUGUCUAGAAUCCCAUAUUAAAGAUCAAUACAUAUUGAUACCUCAGAUGUCUAGAAUCCCAUAUUAAAGAUCAAUACAUAUUGAUACCUCAGAUGUCUCGAAUCCCAUAUUAAAGAUCAAUACAUAUUGAUACCUCAGAUGUCUCAAAUCCCAUAUUAAAGAUCAAUACAUAUUGAUACCUCAGAUGUCUCGAAACCCAUAUUAAAGAUCAAUACAUAUUGAUACCUCAGAUGUCUCGAAUCCCAUAUUAAAGAUCAAUACAUAUUGAUGCCUUCAGAUGUCUAGAAUCCCAUAUUAAAGAUCAAUACAUAUUGAUACCUCAGAUGUCUAGAAUCCCAUAUUAAAGAUCAAUACAUAUUGAUACCUCAGAUGUCUAGAAUCCCAUAUUAAAGAUCAAUACAUAUUGAUACCUCAGAUGUCUAGAAUCCCAUAUUAAAGAUCAAUACAUAUUGAUACCUCAGAUGUCUAGAAUCCCAUAUUAAAGAUCAAUACAUAUUGAUACCUCAGAUGUCUCGAAUCCCAUAUUAAAGAUCAAUACAUAUUGAUACCUCAGAUGUCUCAAAUCCCAUAUUAAAGAUCAAUACAUAUUGAUACCUCAGAUGUCUCGAAACCCAUAUUAAAGAUCAAUACAUAUUGAUACCUCAGAUGUCUCGAAUCCCAUAUUAAAGAUCAAUACAUAUUGAUGCCUUCAGAUGUCUAGAAUCCCAUAUUAAAGAUCAAUACAUAUUGAUACCUCAGAUGUCUAGAAUCCCAUAUUAAAGAUCAAUACAUAUUGAUACCUCAGAUGUCUAGAAUCCCAUAUUAAAGAUCAAUACAUAUUGAUACCUCAGAUGUCUAGAAUCCCAUAUU